CCAGUUCAGUAUCUGUGCGUCCAUAUGCUGCUCACAGUCAGAGGAGGAGAGUGUGGUCCCCGGGUGCUCAGCCUCCCAGGAUGGCUUCGGGAAAACUAAUCAAGCUGCUGGUGUUUGAGCUGCUUGAGUUUACUGCUUUCUGUGUCCCUACGUUGGUGAUAAUGGAACAGUUUGCUGUUACCUAUUACACCACAAGGCAUCCGCCUGACAAAACACGUUAUUGGCUGAUUGUUUCCUGUUCAAUUGCUUAUGUAGCUUCAGUGACUCUCUUGAUUUGGGUUCCCGUGAAAGUUCUCUUGUACAAGAAACGUCAUCUUUACCAAAAAAUCAAAGGAUGGAGACCUGUUAUGAUGAUGUGUGUAGUACUCACCACGCUUCCCAGCUUCAGCUUUUCUAUAGCAGUGACUGAGGUUCAAAAGAAUAUUAAUGGUUCCACUGGUAUCUUACCGGAUAUGUUACCUGACCUGCCAGUCUCCCUAGUUCUGACUUGCUUGAUUGUGGUUGAUAUUAUUGAAAAACUCAGGAUAUAUCCUCUUAGAGGGAGGCAAAAGAAUAACGAAGACAGGCACAUCCAUACGACCAAUUUGCAACAAAUAAGAACUGUGACAUGUGAAGCGAAGCAAAAUGAAGAAAACCCGACUCGCCCACAGCCAGCCAACAGGAUCCACUUGUCGCGGCCACUAGGAGGUGCCACAGGGAGCUCCUCUCCUGAACUAGAGGGACCCCAGGAGCCCACCUUUGAGUGGGGAAUCCUGAGAACGCUGUCCCAACAGGAUGUGCGUGCAGAGAUCUUCCUCGGGAGCUUUCUGCUGUGGGCUGACACCAUAGAAAUGGUACGGGUGGCCGGGCACCCCAGGGUGUACAAGUCAGGCUGGGUGUACGCAGUCUACAUCUUCAGUUACAUUUCUCUUCUUCGAAUGAUACUCACUCCCCGGAACCCGCUUCUGAAUUCCCUUGGCAUCCUUCUCCAGGAUCUACCUUUUAUCUUUGUUAGACUGAGUUUAAUCAUUGUCCUGGGAACAAUCACACCCGUAUUGGGUCUGUGUAAAAAUGUGCUGGUGACUCUGUCUUAUGUUUACUUCAAUUACUUAACCAGAUUCAGGAUGUUCUCUACCUUUGAGAGGUCUUUUUAAAGAGAAAAUGUCCUAUAGUCAAACCUCUUUUUUAUGCACAUGCAUACAUUUGUGAUCUUUUUGCGGGGCAGGCAUAUGUUAUUUUGCACUCUAAGAAGAAAUGAAGAAAUAGAUGCUAGAGAAAAAACUAUUUUUAAAAACUAUAACAUGUCAAUUUUUAAAAUGUAUGCAAAUGGUGCUAAAUGUAAGCAAAGUUGUUGUCUUUUAAGUUGGUUCUCCUAGAUUUGUAGAAAAUGUCAGUAGUUAAUUUUGUUAUGUAUUCUGCACUUUUUCUAAAAGUACACUUCAGUAAAGCAUCUUAAAAAAUGAGAACAUGUCUUCCUACUAAGUUAGUCCAAGAAUGAGAUUUUUUUAUUGUUGACAGAGAGGGCAUUACAAGAAUUAGUUAAAAUUAAUUUUAGGAAAUAAGCCUAUUAUUAUUAAAUAAGUUUAGAUUCUAUCAGUACUUUUAACAAAUUGACCCUGAGGGAUGGAAUGGGAAGGGAGGUGGAAGGGGGGUUCGGGAUGGGGGACACAUGCACACCCAUGGCUGAUUCAUGUAUUUAAAAAAACAAAUUGAAUUGUUUUAGAGUCUCCUUCAGAAAUGUAAUUGUUCUUCAUUCCUCUGUGGCAAGAGAUUUUUAUGUAAUUAGUUGAUUUCAGCAGAGAAAGCAAUUUAAUUUUACAGACAUUUGAUUCAAUUUAAUGUAAUGAAGUUAAGGUAAGACCUAGAUAAACUUUUAUAAUAGGAAGCCAUUAACUGAAGAGGGAAAUUUCUAAGUAAAAGAAUAAUUUGUGGAAUUUGAUACCAUCAUGAAAGCAAGAUGCAAGUCCUGUUUAAAGUUAGAAGUUCAACUUACAAAUGUAACAGCAAGUGCAUUAAUGUCUUAUGUGAUAAUAUAGAAUAGUUAUCUUGACAUUAAAUAAUUAGAUAUGGAAUUAGGUGAUUUGAUUUCAUAUGAUGGGAUACCCUCAGAUAUGCAUAGCAGGGGCUCUCCACUCUAUAUUAAUUUUCCGAUGCUACAGAGAUUUCUGAGUCUUACAUGUGCAGAGUAAUGUUUUAUGCAGGCAGUCUCUUCAGUGAUCUGUGGUAACAAAUAGCUUGAAGAAUGAAUAACUGAAUUUACCUGCCGCUCCAACUCUCCACCAAAUCCUCCAGUCUCACUCCCCCUGUGGGCUUUAUGGUUUUUCCUUGUACCUUAAGAUAAGGUUUAUUCACAGUUACUAAAAGCUUAACUUCUGGUUUUAUGACUUGGGGCAAACAUCCAAAAGUGAGUAUAUCACUAGUACUUUAAUAAGGUUAGCAGUGUUAGUUGCUCAGUUGUGUGUGACUCUUUGUGAUCCCAUGGACUGUAGUCUGCCAGGCUCCUCUGUCCAUGGGAUUCUCCAGGCAAGAAUACUGGAGUGAAUUGCCAUUCCCUUCUCCAGGGGAUCUUCCCAACACAGGGUUUGAACCUGGGUCUCCUACAUUGCAGGCAGAUUCUUUACUGUUUGAGCUACAAAUAAGGUUAAAUAGUACUUUAUAGGUCUGAGAGGAUUAACUAGAUAGGGAAUGUCCUCAUUGUAUUGUCUGGCUAACUAUAAUAACUGAUAAAUGCCAAGACUUUUAAUUGGAUCAAAUCCCUACAGAGAAACAGGUAGCUUAAUGCAUUGUUUUAAUUUUCCUAUUUUUUCUUUUCUGUGUCUUUGCUUACCAUCUGGGAAUAAUAAUUUAAACCAUACACUUGUGAAAAAUAAAUAUGAAAUCUUCAGGUUACCUCAGACUAUAAUUUUCCAUCAAAUAGUAUUAUGUGUAGAAGUGAGUAAUCUACUGAAUAUAGAGAUUAAAGUUGAUAAGCGGACUUCCCUGUUGGUCCUGUGGCCAAGACUCCAUGCUCCCAAGUGCAGGCUGCUAGGUUUGUCCCCAGUCAGGGAGCUAGAUCCUGCAUGGUGCAACUAAAGACCUGGCAGAACCCAAUAAAUAAAUGUUUUUUAAAAAAGGUUAAAAUUUUAAAAGACAUAAACUUGAUGUAGGUAUUCAUUCAUCAGGCAUCAAAGUGUCCCUCCUGUGAGUUCUUAUAGAACCCUAACUAUAGCACUUUUUUAAGACUUUUGUUGUGUGUUUGCUUUUCUGAGUUCCUCAUUAAUCUUUAAAUUCCUUAAAGAAAGGCCUGAGAAUAUCUUGUUUAACAAUGCAUUUUAUCUUCCUCUGUCAAUCCCACAGAAACUUACAAUGCUUGUAACUCUAGAACAAGAUUAUCAUACAAAAAAAUUCUUUUAAUUUAUACCUGAUAAUUUUUUAUUAGGAAGAAUAUAUAACCAUGUAGUUGAUUGUAGUAUUCCUAAAUAUGAAAGUACUUUAUGUACAUUUAUAUUUAUCUUUGUAUUGGAAUUUAUAGAGUGAACAAUGCUCAGAUAAUUUGGGAAGUAUUACUUACUGGAGUUUAGAAUGCAUUUUCCACCUAAUAUUUGAACAUGAAUGUGCCUGAUAUUUUGGACAGUCACAACACUGUAUAAAUAAUGAAGGCAUGUACAAAAGACUCCAUGUAGGAGGAAAAUUACAGAGUACCUAAUUUAAUUUAAUAGUUUAUUUUAAGGAUGUGUGCAUGUUUAUAAAGUUUGUCUAUUGUAUUUAACAGGCAUUGCAGCAAAUUAUGCUAAUAAAACAUUGGUUGUUAUACACUCUGUGAUUAAAAGUUAUGCUAUUAAAGUUACAUUGCAAUUCUCA